AUGGCAUCACAGUCUGAGUCGGAGCCUGCGACGCCCAAGUCGGUCCUACGCGGACACCAGGCCCAGGUGCACGCAACAGCUUUUGUGAGAGAUAAUCAGCGCCUGGCCUCGGGUGAUGCCGAAGGAUAUGUCGUGCUGUGGGAUCUCACCAUCAUGCGGCCUCGCGCAGUCUGGCAGGCGCACACAAAUGCCAUCCUGGGCAUUGCCUCCUGGGGCAACGACAAGAUCAUAACGCAUGGAAGAGAUCACCGUUUGAUCGUGUGGAAGAUCUCCGAGAAUGACGAGUCGCGCUUGAGUACAACCUUACCGUUGGAUCCUCUGCCCGAUGAAAGACCUCAGCCAUGGGUACUGCACAUUCUCGAGGUUAAUACUAUGAACUUCUGCUCAUUUGGACAUUGUCCAGCAAGUCCUGAUGGCGGCAUUGAUGAAAUACUCAUAGCCGUCCCCAAUACUCUUGCUUCCGAAUCGGUUGAUAUUUGGAAGUUACCCGCGCAAGAGAGACUUUACACAGUUCAUGCCCCGGAGAAGAGCGAGAAGAGCGGCAUGGUAAUGGCGCUGGAUAUUUUUCACCUAGACUCGUCCUUGGUCCUGGUAACCGCGUACGAAAAUGGCUUUGUCACUGUUUCUCAGCAAGACGUUGAUGAUUCGUGGAAUCUUGUGUAUCGUGCUCAGUCACAUAGUCAGCCUGUUCUUUCGCUUGGCGUUGCACCGAGCAAGGACUAUUUUUUGACGUCAAGUGCUGACGCAUUAUUGGUCCGACAUCCGAUUCCAAAGCCAUCGGAAGAUCGACCGCCAAUAUUGGGCAAUAUCCCUUCAACAAACGAAAGGAAACCUCCGUCUGCGCCAGGGAGUGGAAUGUCUCUGUUGUCUGCUGCCUUGGCAGGAGAGCCACGGCCUCCCAGACUCCAGAAGAAGCCUCCGCGUGAAGUUCAGACACAGCCAUUGAAAAUUCUCAACACCAAGCACUCGGGCCAGCAGAGUCUGCAGAUCCGCUCAGACGGUAGGAUCUUUGCCACAGCGGGGUGGGACUCAAAAGUACGAGUCUAUUCGGCGAAAACGAUGAAGGAGCUUGCAGUCCUCAAGUGGCACCAGGUGGGCUGCUACACUGUGACUUUUGUUGACAUGGAAGUUUCUGCUACUCAAGAGCGAAUUGAGGUUCCCAAGAAUGAAUCGGAUGGCGAAAGUACUGCGAUUAUGCCAUCAUCGAAGGAUUUGACGGUCAAGGAAAGACGAAUCAAGCAGGCAAAGGAAGCCCAUUGGUUAGCAGCGGGUAGUAAAGACGGGAGGAUCAGUCUCUGGGAUAUAUACUAG